UGGGCUUCGCCUUCGCUUUCUCCCUGCUCCUCAACCAGUCCCGCCUGUGCUGGGAACCUCAACUUCAGUUCUAUACUCAAAAUCUCAACGGUCGCUUCAGUUUCAAAGUUUAGUAAAUAUUGUACUGUCAAUCCAAUUCUGGAGGAGAUGAAGAACCAGAAGCUGGAAAAGAAAUCCAGGAAGAUGCCACAUUUGGCUACUCAACAGCAAGAUGAACAAGACGCUGGAGGAGAUAUUGAAGAUUUAUUCAGCGAACAAGAAACCGUUAAAACCAGGGAAUCUUUGUUGGAGUGGUAUGACAAGAAUCAGAGAGAUCUUCCUUGGAGAGUUAGUGAAAAAGACCUGUUAAAUAUGAAGAAUGAUAGUAACAGCGACAAAGGAGGAGGAGGAGGAGAAGAAGAAGAAGAAGGUAAAGAAAGGAGAGCGUAUGAGGUGUGGGUAUCGGAGGUAAUGCUACAGCAGACGAGGGUUCAGGCCGUCAUUGACUAUUACAACCGUUGGAUGCAGAGAUGGCCCACUGUUCACCACCUCGCUCAGGCGUCUCUCGAGGAGGUAAAUGAGAUGUGGGCGGGUCUGGGAUAUUAUAGGCGAGCACGUUUUCUGUUAGAGGGAGCAAAAAUGAUUGAUGCAGGGAAAGCUGGAUUUCCUAGUAGAGCUUCUGACUUAAAAAAGAUUAAAGGAAUAGGAGACUACACAGCUGGAGCAAUUGCUUCCAUUGCUUUCAAAGAGGUGGUGCCUCUGGUUGACGGGAAUGUUGUUAGAGUGCUUGCUAGACUAAAGGCUAUUUCUGCAAAUCCAAAGGAUAGAGUGACUAUCAAGACCUUUUGGAAACUAGCUGCUCAGCUUGUUGAUCCUUCCCGGCCAGGGGAUUUCAACCAAUCAAUUAUGGAACUUGGGGCAACUCUAUGCACUCCAUUAAAUCCUAGCUGCUCCUCAUGUCCUAUUUCUGACCAAUGUCGUGCACAUUCAAUCUCUAGACAAGAUAAGUCAGUUCUGGUGACAGAUUAUCCUGCAAAGGUAGUAAAAGCCAAACAAAGACAUGACUUUUCCUUUGUUUGCGUGGUGGAGAUAUUGGGAAAUCCGUGUACACCAGGGCAAAAUCAAUCUGACAGCAGAUUUCUUCUCAUAAAGAGGCCAGAUGAGGGCUUGCUAGCUGGUCUUUGGGAGUUCCCGUCUGUCACAUUGAAUGAAGAAGCUAACUUAACCAUGAGGAGAAAAGCAAUUGAUAAUUUUUUGAAAAGUUCAUUUAGUCUUGAUGUGAAGAAAACAUGUAUAGUUCUUAGAGAAGAUGUUGGACAAUUUGUCCAUAUUUUCACUCAUAUUCGUCGGAUGAUCUAUGUGGAGUUAUUAAUAUUACACCUUAAAGGUGCUGUAAAUGACCUGUUCAGCAAGCCGCAUGAGGAAACAGCUUGGAAAUGUGUGGACGGCAAUGCCCUUUCAAGGAUGGGACUGACAUCUGCAGUAAGAAAGGUAUACUCAAUGAUUCAGAAAUUCAAACAGAGUGACGUGGCCCAUAGUUCCACCAAGAGAAGAAAAAGAAUCAUUUGAAGAAAUUGGAACUCGUCCUUGUUCUUUUUCUGCUGCACCUAUUAGAGAAAGGCUUCAUCUUGGAGUUCAGCUAACAAGAAUUUUUAUUAGAUUAUUUUUUUCUCCCUUCAGUCACUUCUUAGUUUCAUCUAUGAGAUGUAUGGGAUGCAUUUUGGUCACUGAAACCUCUUCAGCGUAGGUACUAAUAGGUUAGAAACCAUGUUUUUUUUUCACCUGAAAAUUUAUAGAGCAAAAACUGUCUACGGCCAUGUAAUUCAUUUAAUAUAUGUUCUAUAAGUAUACCUGAAAUGAGACUUGGGAGACCACAUUUUAUUUAUCAAACAUCAAG